AUGGGAAACAACAGCAGCUCCACCGUGGAUGAUCUACAAGCUGUCGAGAUCCACCACUGGUACAAGAAAUUCAUGACAGAGUGUCCUUCUGGACAGCUGACGGAGCAUGAAUUUAAGCAGUUCUUUGGGCUUCGAGGGCUGGAUCCAGAGGCCAAUAAGUACAUUGAGCAGAUGUUCCGCACGUUUGAUAUGAACAAGGAUGGAUAUAUUGAUUUCAUGGAAUACGUGGCUGCCCUCAGCCUCGUUCUCCGAGGGAAGAUGGAGCAGAAAUUGCGGUGGUAUUUCAAGCUCUAUGAUGUAGAUGGCAAUGGCUGCAUUGAUCGGCAUGAGCUGCUCAACAUCAUCAAGGCUAUUCGGGCUAUUAAUGGUGGUGACCAUGAAACCAGUGCAGAAGAGUUCACCAACCGAGUCUUCAACAGGAUUGAUGUGAAUGGCGAUGGUGAACUUUCUCUGGAUGAAUUUGUGGAGGGAGCAAGGAAAGAUGAGGAGUUCAUGGAGGUUAUGAUGAAAAGUUUGGACCUGUCACACAUUGUGGCCAUGAUAAACAACCGUCGACAUAGUGUAUAAAUCAAGCUGGGAGAAAAUGCUGUGCCAAUAGACAGAAGGGUGUCACAAGGAAGGAGAGACAGCAUUUUUCAAAACAAAAUUUCCAUAAACAUGAAUAUGGAAGUAGGAACAAAAAGACACUGCUAUAUUUGUGUAUCUGAGUGCAUGUUCCUCUACAAAUACUGAAGCUUAGCCACAUAAAUGCAAGGCAGAUUCAGAAAAACUGAGUCUGGGUGGCAGUAUUUGACUUGUCUUUCUAAAAUUUAAAGGCCAAAUUUCAGGACACAAUUUUUUUUUUUAUUCUGUGUCCCAGAUUAUCAGUUUGAAAUGGACUAAAAGUAACAGCAAGUUUGUGAAGAGCGCUAGCAGAACUGGGUGGUGGAGUGUGGAGGGCAUAUUCUGAUAUAGAAAAGAAGAAUUUCAAGCUGUUAUUAGUGUAGGGAACGAACAAAAGAAUGUAACUUGCACUGUUCUUGAUAUGGUAUUGGUUCAUAAACACCAGCGUGGUUUACCAGCAUGGUCCAUAACAUGUGUGCAUGGAUUUGAUAGUCUCUACAGAAGCAGCUUUAGUCAUAAGACCACAAGAACUGAAAGAAAAACCAGUCUGGCAGUGACAAAUCUGUCCUCAGCUGCAGCUGUUUGAGCUUUCUGUGAUCAAAGAACUCUAGCAAACAAGUCAACAGUCUGGAGCAGCUUCUGUAACCAGAGAAAAUAUGCUACUCAGUUUCCCAAAGUAGAUGAAUUGCUUGAGAGAUCAAAUCUUUUAUAUACUCGUGGUCCUACUUAUUUUCCUCUCAUACAACUGAGUCACUGGGAAUGUUCAAGGCCACACUGAACAAGGCUCAGAGUAACCUGAUCAAGCCCCAUGGCAUGGGGCUGAAGCAAGAUGAUCUUUGAAGUCCCUUCCUACCCAAACCAUUCUGUGACUCUGUAAAUGAAGUAUUUAAAGAUGAUCCUAAUAUUAUUGCCUCAUACAUCCUUUAUUGGUCUUUCUUCUUGUUCUUGAGGAGACAAUCUAAUUGAAAGAAACAACCCACCAAGGUGACCUGUGAAUUGUGUUGUUAAUGUGAAGGCUGGAGUGAAGCUGAUGCUCUAGAUCGGUGCUGCCAUAAAUGACUCUGAUUUUAUACACGAUUGGAAGAAUGAUGCAGCAUGGAUAGAAGCUCAGCAAACUGUGUCUUGUUCACUGUUCAUUAGAUAAGGUCGUGAUCAGAAGCUCCUUUGAAUCUGGGAAGAGAACCAGAGGGAAAGAAGAAUGCAGGAAAUGUUCAACGGAGUGCCUAUGCCAUAGUUGGCAUGUUUUUCUUGUGCAAGAGGAAGAAUGUGCAGACCUCUAACAAAACUUUAGUUUGGACUUAUUCUUGCUUAUAUUUAGGCUUCUGUGAUGUUCAUAUGUGUAUUGGUUUGCACGGCAAGGUCUUGGUAGCAGGGAGGCUACAGGAAUGGCUUCUUCUUUGAGAAGCUGAUGGAAGCUUCCCCUAUGCCUGGCAAAGACAAUGCCAGCUGGCUCCAGGAUGACACUGGCCAAGCCUGAGACCUUCAGCCAUGGUAGUAACAUGUCUGGGAUAACAUAUUUAAGAAGGAAAAGUUAUUGGGCAGAAGCAAUUGCAGCCAGAGAGGUGAGGACUGAAAAUAUGUGAGAGAAACAGCUCUGCAGACACCAAAGUCAGCUAAGAAGCAGAGGGAGGAGGUGUUCCAGGUACCGGAGCUGAGAUUUUCCUGCAGCCCAUGAUGCAGGGCGUAGUGAAGCAGAUUGUCCUCCUGGAGCGCAUGGAGGUCUGCAGGAGGGAAGCACAAACCUAUCUGCAGCCUGUGGAAGAGCCCCAUGUCGGAUCAAGUCCUGGAG